AUGUUUGACUGAGUUUCUAGAUUGUUUAUAAUUAGAUUAAUUAGAUUAAUUUGAUAGUCUUUUUUUAAUUUUGUUUCUUCAUGUUAACCUGUUUAGUUGAUAGAAUUUGAAUUAUAAUCUUGACUUGUGUUGGUUCCGUUUUGAAAUAAUGGUUGUGAUUGUGAGUCAAUUUCCAAUACCUGAAGGUAAAAGUGGUCAAGAAAUUGUUGAUCGUUUAAUUAAACAAUUUGAAUCGAUGCAAUUCCAACGUGUUGGUAACUUUGUCGUUGAUUGUGAAACGUAUUAUUCAGCACCAAUCAUCAAUCCACCCAGAGUAUUGAACAUUAUCCACAACUCCGAAUAUCCUGCCACAUGUUUUGCUCAACUUGAUACUGGAACCAUUUUGAGAGCUGAUUCAUAUUUCGACGCCAUGAUGGUUGUCAUGAAUGGUGUUUAUCAAGCCAAGAGAGGAAAUAAGAUUGAAUGUAAAGGACCCAAAUUCCAGAAAGGUGAUUUCAUCGUUAGAAUUGGAUCUGUUUCUAUUGGCCCUUCUUUCAGAGGGAUUCUUGUUGAGAUAGAGUAUGGACCCUGUUCUGUUCCCAUUUACUGUUGGGAUCUAUUGAAAGAAUUCAUUAAAACAUUCAUGAGAGUUCCUAAAGAACCUCCUCCAUAUUACAAGAACCGAAUGACUGAUGUCUGCACUCCGGUUGAUACCAUUUCUCAAUACAAUAUUCAUUUCUCCAAUUAUCGGAAGAUGACACUGAUUAGUUCAUGUCCACCACCCAAUCCAUCAGCACCGAAAGGUCCAAAUAAUAACGAUGGCAAUCAUAAUGGAAACAGUGGCGAUCAAAACAAAAGUCAACCCGGUGAUGGAUCAACAAGUGAAAUAAUUAUCGCCAAUGUGUAAAAAUUUACAUUUAAUUUUUAGCUUCCUUUCAGGUGGUUUUAGCUUCAAUUCACUUAAUCGAUUUAUAUUAAUCUCUUUAAUAUUUCUUGAUGAUAAAACUCUUAAACCACUUUA